CCUGUGCGGUUCACUUAUUCGCAGAGGCUCACGCAGCCUUCCCUCGAUUUGCCAACUCGGCCAGCGUCUGUACGUAUCUCAUUUUUGCACGAUGAGCGGCGAGCCUACCCCCAAAAAGAUGAAGGCCACUUACGUGCACGACCGCGAGAACUUUACAAAAGUAUAUGAGACCCUCCGCGAUGAGCUCCUGAACGACGACUGCCUGUCACCCGCCGGCAGUCCUCAGGCUCAGGCCGCGCAGGAGUGGUUCAAGGAGGUGAACGACUACAACGUGCCGGGCGGCAAGCUGAACCGCGGAAUGGCGGUAUACGACGUGCUGGCAUCCGUGAAGGGGCCCGACGGUCUAUCCGAGGAUGAGGUGUUCAAGGCCAACGCACUGGGCUGGUGCAUCGAGUGGCUGCAAGCGUUCUUCCUGGUGGCGGACGACAUCAUGGACGGAUCCAUCACCCGCCGCGGCCAGCCCUGCUGGUACAAGCAGCCCAAGGUGGGCAUGAUCGCCUGCAAUGACUACAUCCUGCUGGAGUGCUGCAUCUACUCCAUCCUCAAGCGCCACUUCCGCGGCCACGCCGCCUAUGCGCAGCUGAUGGACCUGUUCCACGAGACCACGUUCCAGACCAGCCACGGCCAGCUGCUGGACCUGACCACUGCUCCCAUCGGCUCCGUGGACUUGUCCAAGUACACCGAGGACAACUACCUGCGCAUUGUGACCUACAAGACCGCCUACUACUCCUUCUACCUGCCCGUGGCGUGCGGCAUGGUUCUGGCGGGCAUCACGGACCCGGCCGCCUUCGACCUGGCCAAGAACAUUUGUGUGGAGAUGGGCCAGUACUUUCAGAUCCAGGAUGACUACCUAGACUGCUACGGCGACCCCGAGGUGAUUGGCAAGAUUGGUACGGACAUCGAGGACAACAAGUGCAGCUGGCUGGUGUGCACGGCGCUGAAGAUUGCCACCGAGGAGCAGAAGGAGGUCAUCAAGGCCAACUACGGGCACAAGGAGGCUGAGUCGGUGGCCGCCAUCAAGGCGCUGUACGUGGAGCUGGGCAUUGAGCAGCGCUUCAAGGACUACGAGGCCGCUUCCUACGCCAAGCUGGAGGGCACCAUCUCGGAGCAGACGCUGCUGCCCAAGGCGGUGUUCACGUCGCUACUGGCCAAGAUCUACAAGCGCAAGAAGUAAAUGUGUUGAAUGAAGGACGUCCGCGCUGGGGCAUGUAUCCAAGGGACAUACAUAUGGUGAGGGAGCAGUUUCCGGGACGAAGAAGAUGCUUGCGUUCCUGCGCACGUAAUAAGUUAUGGAUCGCGGAUGGCACCUGCGGCUGGCACUCGUGUCUGCGUGAGAAGGGUUUCGGGGGGAGCGACCACGGAUUCGAGAAGACUUUCACAUUGCUAAUUAGUUGAGAUGUGUGGGCGUGCCUCCACUGGGGCUGGGUGCCUUACAGCUGCACGCGUUUGCAGGUGGGCUGCUGGUGACAAGCUUAUGGUAUAAGUAGCUGGAUGCAAUGUUUUUGGAGGUCGCAAGCGUAUGAAAGCAUGCUUCUUCUUAGGCGACAUGCACGCAGGUGUUUCUUAGCGAUCAAAUCAUCAGGGUAUGUAGGCAGCUGGUACCUGGAAAGUGGAAACGGCGGGGUACGCUCCUGCCGUUUCGUGACCUGUUACCCCGAUAACAGCAGGCAACAGUGAGCCAGCAGUGCUCCGAAGACCCAAUACUCAUUGAUGUAUGCACCCAGGAU